AAUUUCAUUCACUCGACAGCAUGCAACGCUGGCAGAACAAACUCGCUGUGGUUACUGGUGCCAGCGGUGGCAUUGGGGCUGCCUGUGCUCGUGCCAUGAUUGCCGCAGGAUUGCGUGUGGUUGGUCUGGCACGGCGAGAGGAGAAGCUGCGUGAGCUGAGGGACAGCUUGCCGAAAGAUUUGCAGGCCAAUUUCAUACCCAGGCGGUGUGACGUAUCGAAGGAGGAUCAGGUCCUCAGCUCAUUCGACUGGAUAGAAAGGGAGCUGGAGGGAGCCGAUGUGCUGCUAAACAAUGCGGGCAUCACACGCGAAAUGGAACUAGUUACGCCGGGUAAUACCCAAAAGCUGCGCGAGGUCAUUGACACCAACGUCAUGGGUGUGCUCUGGUGCACAAGGGAGGCCUUCAACAACAUGAAGAAGCGGGACACAGAGGGUCAUGUGCUGAUCAUCAACAGCAUUGCGGGACAUCAAGUGCUCAACUUUAUCGACGUGCUGCCCUCGUUCAACAUAUAUCCGGCCACCAAGUUUGCCAUCACAGCCAUUACGGAGACCUAUCGUCAGGAGUUUCAGUUGCACAAGAGCAAGGUGCGCGUGACUGGCAUUUGUCCGGGUGCAGUGAACACAAACAUAUUCCCCGAGGAGAUACACUUCUAUGUGAAGGAUAUGGUGAGGCUGGAGCCGGCAAAUAUAGCCGAUGCGGUGCUAUAUGCAUUGCGCACGCCGCCUCAUGUGCAGAUUCACGAGAUUACCAUCAAACCCAUGGGCGAAUUAUUUUAAAUUUGGUUUAUGCCGAAUGAUAGAUAAAAUUAGAGUCCCUUAGCCCUUGUGCAGGCCAGCCAGACGUUCAUGCAGCGCCUCUUCGUUCAGUUUGUGCAUGCAUAGAAAUUGUCCAUUAAAGAACAAGACGGGUA